AGGUGCAAGAAAGGGUGAGAACGGCGAGACAGAAGCCAUGACUUCGGUCCAACUGUUCAACGCGAUUCAAAGCGGGAAGCGCCCAAUGCGGUGUGAAAAGCUGACAGGCAUCAUCUCAUCCCAGAACUUCCCCGAGUGGGUGGUCGAGAGUUUCCCUCCCAAGGAAGACGGAUCAGGAGUCGUGCGGGUAAUCGUACCCGGCACCCUAAAGGAGGCUACCACGCAGGAGGCACUGCAGCGGGGGGUGGUCGUGGCCAUCACAUGGCAGAAUGAGCCGACCAACGGCUCAGAUGUGAUCGACAUCAUCAAGCACUACCAGGCUGCCAGCAGUCUGAGCACAGUGCACAUCCGAAACUGCUUUCUCGGGGUGUCGGGAGGGAAAUACCUGGCGAAGUCGUUGCAGGACAUCUCGACAUUGUUUCUUGAUGGCAAUGACAUAAGGGAUGGAGGGUGUAUGACUAUUUCAGCUGCGCUCGCUGCCAACACCAACUUAAAGACUUUGGGGUUGGUGAAUGAGAGUAUCGGCUAUCAAGGGGCCCGUUACCUCGCCAACGCACUCCAAUUCAAUAUGUCACUCACGAAGCUUGACAUCUCAGGCAACGACAUAGAGAAAGACGGAUGCAGGGAAAUCGCGUUUGCAUUGCAAAGAAAUUCAGGGUCCGUGCUGAAAUACCUGAAAAUGGAUCAGAAGUAUGGUGGGAUAGUGAACGGCGAAUAUCAAGGAUUGCUCCGUGCUUUUAAGCUACAAUUUCAGAAAGACAGCAUCGGAUGACAGUAAAACUGUUAAAAAAGGAACACAUCUAUUACCAAUCAUGCACAAUCUUCCUUAUUACUACAUCCAUACCUUCUGCUGCCAAUCAUUUAGUCUCCAGACACACAAUAAAACGAGUUUGAA